CAACCCUUUAUUGCCAUACCUGCCAGCCGUUUAUGUGACCAUGUCGGCCGACGACCAAGCUUUCCUAGAUAUUCUCUCCUCAAUACCUACAGACAUCCGCAAGUACUCAGGCGAUGUCGCCGAGUACAUCGACAAGCAUGUCGAGAAGAUCUCGGAGAACCUGAGAGACUCCCUGGCCUCUUCGCGAUGGGUUCCAGAUUCUAUUCGGCCUCGGCCGCCGCCGCCAGCCCCGGUAGCCCUUGUCAUUCCUACUUCGACAUACGAGAGGGUGCAGGAUUGGGUAUCAAGGCACAAGAUCCUGACAGGGGUUAUCGUCCUGGCGACCGGGACGGUGCUUUACCGGACAUACAGGAGUAGUAGACUGGGCAAGAAGACCCGCCGCGCAAGGCGAGCUCGCAGCGGUGGACGGCUCGAGGUUGUGGUCAUCGCCGGAUCUCCCGCGCUACCCCUCACAAAGUCUCUGUCACUGGAUAUGGAGCGGAAGGGAUUCAUCGUCUUUAUCGUCUGCAACACUGUCGAGGAUGAGGCCAUGGUGCAUAGUCUAUCGCGACCUGACAUCAGGUCGCUCACGAUUGACACCACCGAUCCUCCAAGCGCUGGUUCUUCCAUCGACCGGUUUGCACAAUACCUACAAUCUCCUCAUUCCGCGGUGCCGGGAGCGAAAUCACACCAUCUCUCUCUAAAAUCAGUCAUCCUCAUACCGUCCCUAAACUACCAAACCUCCCCGAUCGCGACCAUCCCCCCCUCAAGCUUUGCCGACCUCUUCAACACCCACCUCCUCCACCCGAUCCUCACCAUCCAGGCAUUCCUUCCUCUCUUGACAGCUCGUCUCGGGUCGGGGGAGAAAACGCCCCCUAAAGUCCUCGUCUUUACGCCUUCCAUCAUCUCCUCCAUCAACCCUCCGUUCCACGCCCCCGAGGCGACCGUGUGCUCUGCUCUCUCUGCGUUCACCGAAGUCCUGGCUGCCGAGCUGCGCCCCCUCUCCAUCCCGGUCACGCACAUACAGCUAGGCACCUUUGAUUUUGCGGGUUUCACGCCGGCCGCCGGCAAUUCCCGCAGUGGAAACGGAGGCUAUAAUCACGGCGGCCUGCUCACUGGGGCGCCACAGAAUGCCGAGACUUUGACGUGGCCAGAGUCGGCUCGUCACGCCUACGGCAGGAACUUUGUGAACCAGUCGGCGUCGGCCAUCAGCGCCGGGCGGAUCCGCGGGCUCAAGGGCAGCUCUGUGCGGAACCUGCACAACGCCGUCUUCGACGUCAUCGACGGGUCCAACACGAGCGGCGUCGUGCGCAUCGGGCUGGGCGCCAGCGUCUACGGGUUCGUCGGCAAAUGGGUCCCGCGCGGGCUGGUCUCGUGGAUGAUGGGCAUCCGGAAGGUGGACGAGCUGUCGACGUGGCAGUCCAGCGCGUACAACAGCCCCCGGUCGGCAGGGAGCGACAGCGGGGAAGGAUCCCAGGACUUUGUCGCCGUGCCGCUGGAGCAGGUCGGCGAAUCACACGUGUGGAAGGAAGGCCUAUAGGUAGGUAUAUGUACGGCCGAGCAUGCAUGGAUUACGCAUCAUCAUUAUAUGGCAGGAGUUUAACGGCAUUCCCCUCCAUUCUGUAUGCAGCUCGCAGCAACCCUGGGUAAUAAUGAUAUAUGGGCAAUGAUAUGAAGUACCUUUGCAAGGACCUCUUUUCUCGUAAACGGAUUAUCACAGGAUAAGUGUUUAUUGUCUAGGGCCCUGUCAUGAACUAGCCAGCAAGAAUUCUAGUAGUAAUACAAGCCUCGCGCUCUUACCGAC